AUGCCAUACCUUCUCGCCUCUGUACUGUGCGAUGUUGUCUAUCUAACACUCCCCUUACAUGAUCACAGGUAUAUGACUAUCGCCCGGCUGAUACUUGUUCACUUCUAUGUGCAAUUGACGCUGUUGGUUUUUGAAUAUGGCACAAAACGCGCCGCCAAUGUAGUUGGUGCCAAGAAGCGAUCUUCCCAGGAGCUCCAUGGCCUCUUCAGCCGCCUCUUGUUUCUAUGGAUUAAUCCAAUCCUUUUUCGGGGAUAUCGGAAGCUAUUCUCGCAAGCAGAUACGCCACCUCUCGACCGAGACAUGAUGCCAGAGUCUACAAGAAAGGCGAUGAUUGAGACAUGGUCUAAUCGAGGUAAGCCAGCAACCACCAAGAACUUUGUAGAUCCCUACCUCUUGCUCACUAGACCAGCCAAACCCGAAACCCGAAGGAGUUUACCCCUGGCUUUAAUGAGAUGCCUGAAGUCUCCAUUUUUGGCUGCUGUUGUGCCGCGACUAUUGCUGAUCUUCUUCCGUUAUUCUCAGCCUAUCUUGAUUCAUCAGGCCAUCAUAUACGCUACGGCGACCCUUGCACCCCCGGAGAGCUUCCGCGGAUACUGGCUUGUUGUAUCUGCGGUGAUGAUUUAUGUUGGCAUUGCCCUCUCGGCAGCUGCGUACCAGAAUUCUCUUAACCGACUCAAGCUCAUGACUAGAAGCGCUCUAGUAGGACUUAUCCAUGACCAUACAAUGACGCUAGCUAGCGUCGCAUAUGAUGAUGGUGCAUCUACGACACUCAUGAGCACUGACGCUGAUAACCUCGAUGGGAUUGCAGAAAUGAUUCACGAAAUAUGGGCUCAGGUUGUAGAAGUCUUCAUUGGCAUAUGUCUUCUAGCUAGUCAGGUCGGGUGGAUAUGGCCACUUCCACUAUUUCUUAUUUACUUAUGUUCUCAUAUGAGUCGGUUUGUCGCCAAACACCUGCAGCCUGGCCAGAAGGCUUGGAAUAAUGCAACACAAGAUCGCAUAGCUGCUACAAGCUCCGCGCUUAGGAUGAUGAAAGUUAUGAAGAUGCUGGGGUUCCACAACCACCUGAGUCGUCGGAUCCAGAAACUUCGGGAAAUCGAACUUCGCGCAGCCUCAAAACUAAGAUGGGUCAUGGUGUACUACAAUGCUUCGGCCAAUGCGCUUGGGAUAUUUUCCCCGGCAAUCACGCUGGUCUUGUUCGCAGUAAUAUCCGCGGCCAAUAGCCGCAGCUUGGACACGGAAACUGCAUUCACCACUGUAGCUAUCUUGAGUAUGGUAACACAUCCCGCAAACAUGGUAAUGACCUUUGCGCCCCGUGUAGUUUCAGCACUCUCAGGAUUUGAAAGGAUUCAGUCGUUCUUACUUCGGUCACCGUUACAAGUCAGUAAUAGAGCAUUACGGAAAGAUCCUUCGAGCGAAUUGGCUUGGAAUCCGAUCUCUAAUCAACUACCGACGACCGGUCCUGAUAUUCAGAUAAGUCGAGUAACUAUUGGCCAUCCACAAGUCAUUCUAGAGGACAUCAACAUUGAGGUAGCUACCGGAAAACUAACCAUUGUAUCCGGCCCUACUGGAAGCGGCAAAUCUACCAUUUUACGCUUAAUCCUUGGAGAGAUAACACCCACACAUGGGUUCGUCUCUUCGACGACGCAACGCAUAGCAUACUGCGCUCAGAUACCAUGGCUGCCUAGUGGCACAAUCAAGGAAGCCAUCUGUGGUGGUACUAACAUAUACGACUCGAGUGACCGGCGGUCUGAAAAAUGGUAUGAUGAUGUGAUCAAUAUGUGUAGCCUCACUCAUGAUUUCGAGUCACUUGCCGAUGGGGACCAGACACAGAUUGGCAGUAGGGGUUUUAAUCUGUCCGGGGGACAGAGACAGCGUGUGGCACUUGCUCGUACACUAUUUGCAAGAUGUGAUAUCGUUCUACUGGACGACAACUUUAGUGGCCUUGAUGGUGAAACCGAGCGGACUAUUUUCAACAACCUAUUUGGGCCGUCCGGGUUAUUGCGGCGGCUGGGUACUACCGUGGUCCUCGUUUCUAAUUCCGCGCAGUUCUUCCCAGCUGCGCAUCACAUAGUGGUUCUUGGCAAUCGCGGGAUCGUUGACCAAGGGAGCUGGCAAAAUAUCAACACAAAAGCUACAUCCAUAGCAAAGUUCUCUUCCAGCCAUACUAGCAGGGAAAACGUCAUCUUGUCGGCCAACUAUGAUAAACUCAGCGCCCAAUUGCGGGCUAAAGACGAUACUGAACUAGAUUUGGCAAGGCAAACAGGCGACACUGCUCUAUACGGGUAUUAUUUGGGUUUCGUUGAUUGCGUCAACCUCUUGUACUUCGUCAGCGUCACUUCUAUGCACUCUUUCUGCAUCACAGUCCCUCAAUACUGGCUUCGUUUGUGGACUGAGUCAGGCAAUAGCCACACUGCAUUCUACGUCGGUGGAUACUUCCUUCUUUCCACAGUGGCCUGGAUUACGACCAGCACUCAAGCAUGGGCUGUCCUCAUCCGUAUUUCUCCACAAUCUGGGCUAAGGCUACAUCAACGUCUUCUAGAUAUCGUUACGUGCGCUCCGUUAUCUUUCUUCUCUAAAACGGAAGUUGGUUCAAUCCUGAAUAGGUUCAGUCAAGACGUCCAGAUUGUUGACAAGCAAUUGCCCUCGGCACUUCAGACCAUUGUGACUCAGCUGUGCAAGCUGGCUAUGCAGAUUGUGAUGCUUUACGUGGCAGAAAAGUGGCUCGUUAUGCUAUUUCCGGUCUGUAUGCUUUUGGUUUACAUAGUGCAGAAGGUCUAUCUUCGAACGUCAAGACAGCUGCGAUAUUUGGAGCUGCAGGCUCGCGCAAGCGUCUUGUCGAGUUUCUUGGAAUCUGUUGAGGGUCUUGAAACAAUACGUGCUUUUGGUUGGUCCCAAGCUGUUAUUCAGAACAACAUCCAGAGUGUCGAACGCUCCCAGCGCCCAGAGUUUCUUCUUUUGUGUCUUCAAAGAUGGCUCAAUGUUGUCCUAGAUCUUCUGGCUGCAGGUGUAGCAACAACUGCUAUUGCUAUAGCUGUAGCAUUCCGAGAGCAUGUUAGCGGUGCACAAAUCGGAAUCGCACUAAACAUUAUGCUCGUCACAAACACAACGCUGCUUAAACUCGUGGAGAACUGGACCACUUUUGAGGUUUCACUCGGUGCUAUUGCUCGCCUGAAGGCACUGGAAAAGACCACACCGCUUGACGGUGGAGCGAACCCGACUAUCGAACCACCUGAAAACUGGCCUUCCAGUGGGCAUAUUGUAUUCGAAGCCAUAACAGCCGAAUAUCAUCCCGAGUCUGUUGCCAUUAAAGAUUUGAGCCUGAAUGUCAGUUCAGGUCAAAAACUCAUCGUAUGCGGGCGCACAGGCAGACUUCUGGAGCUUCGAUCUGGUAAGAUCACGCUGGAUGGCAUUGAUAUCAAGAACAUAAGGCUUGAUCUGCUACGCCAGCGCUGCUUCAUCGCGGUCUCCCAAGACCCACUUCUUUUGCCCCAGGAGACCAUACGCUUCAACUUGGACCCCGAAAACUUAGUAUCUGAUGAUGCUCUGAUUACUGCGUUGACCAAAUCGGGGUUGUGGUCACACUUUGUCGAGAGCAACAAGCAUAUUAAUGGAGGCAUAGGCAUUUCAGGCUCUGGGGAGCACUCGAUCCUUGAUCGGAAGGUUUCAUUGUUCCAAGAGCUUUCUGUGGGACAGUGCCAAUUGUUUGCGAUCUGCCGGGCACUUGUUAAAGCCGACGGAUUACGAGCUUUAGGCAUGAUGCCGGUGGUUCUGCUGGACGAGGUCACGUCCUCUCUCGAUGUGGCCACAGAGUCGACCAUCGACCGAAUCGUUGACGAGGAGUUUACGCAGAAAGGCCAAACUGUUAUCAUUAUUGCACAUAGGCUGGGCAACCUACGAACAAAGAUUGGGAGAGACGCUGUCGCAUAUAUGGCAGAUGGAAGACUGCGGGAAGUCAGAAGCGACUUGGCGCCGUCGACUAUGCACCACUUUACACAGACUGAAUAG